AUGGAAGCUUCGUUUCCAAAUGUAAUGAACCAGCCGGUCCAACCAGUUCAACCGGUCCAGCCAGACCGGACGGAAUUAGGGCCUCCGCCGAUGAUUAUCCAGCAGUACGCCAGGUAUCCUGCUCCGGAGCCUGGCUUACAUAGCGCAUCUUCAAUAGGUAGUGCUCGCAGUCAGAUUACCACCUCCAAAUCGCCCCCUCUUCACCGCAAAGCUACCCCGCGCAGCUUACAAGCAUCGCCAACCGCCCCACGCCCUGGCGUGCCCCCAGUACUAGCACCGGCACAGGUACCAACUCCAACACCAGCACCAGCACCAGCACCAGCGCCAGCACCAGUGCCAGUGCGCCAAGCACCCUCAUUGUCUCCUCCCAACUAUGACUCUUUGCGCCAGAGGUCUACUCGAGAACAGAUGGAAUCGGCUGAGACCCGGUCUCUUCCGUCUCGCGACAUCACGGACGCAAACAUCGACGAUGCAUACAUUAUGUUUAUAUUCUAUUGUAAUCCGAAUGUCCCUUUGUCGAUGGACACCUCGGAGUUACGAAAGACCUUCAGAUGCCCUCCACGGAGUGAUGGAAAGAGCUUCAGUAUAUUUGCGCUUUACGAACUGAUCAAGAAGCUGGAUUGCAAAGAGUUAAAGACCUGGAUUCAGCUGGCUAUCGAGCUGGGGGUAGAGCCGCCCUGCAUGGAAAAGAAACAAAGCACGCAGAAAGUUCAGCAAUACGCAGUGCGACUUAAGCGCUGGAUGCGUGCGAUGCAUGUCGAUGCCUUCUUUGAAUAUUGUCUAGGACACCCUCAUCCUUAUUAUACUCAGCUCCCGCCUAGCGGUAUUAUAAGCGAGAGCCGGGAUGGGGUACCACUCGAAGAAGAUCUUGCCUUGCGAGCGCUCGUCCCUCAGUGGAAGCCAAAACGCGGGCGAAAACGAGCCGAACUUGAGGCGAUGGAGAAGGCCGCCAAACGACCACAACUUGACACAUCCAUGAACGUGAUUCACCCAGGCCCCUUUUCCGGGCAGACCUCGACAUUUCCCACCAGCGCUAUUCCAUUCAGUGCAUUUCCUGAUGAGAUAGAGUCGACUGAUCCGUGGAUGGGAAAUGCGCAUACAUUUUCAACUGAGGGUCCAUCUGUGACUCAUGCUCCCCAGCAAAGUCAAGAUCUGCGAUGGAAGCAUAUUGAACGCGAUGCUUCGCCCAACGGCUAUCCCCAUUCUGCCAUUAUCCCCAGAAGUAAUCAUCAAUCGGAAAUCUUCAUUCAGCCUGCAGAGCCACGCUCAGCAGUGACACCAUCCACUGGCGAGAAGACACGCCCCAAACGGCGUCAUGGCCCCGCUGUAUCAUCUGCCUGGCCUAGUAACAAUGGGAGCAAUGGAAAGACACGGGGUAGACCUCCCAAUCGAGGAACAGUGUCAGGCCCCUUUUCAUCCUUCCCAGUGAACCCUGUCCGCUCUGAAUCCACCCAUCAACCGAACUCCGCAAUCCGAUCAUCUCCUGCCAUUGUUCUCGAUCAAGAGCACACUAACCGGUUUAGUGACUCACCAUACCAGCAAUCACCUACACCAUUCAAUUUAGGUCCCAAACCGAAUAAGCUGCAGCUCCAGGUUCCACAGCAUCCUGGAGGACCAGUGCGCCUCGCGACACCGCCCACCUUGGCGGUAAAUGGAGUCCAUAGCGCCUCUGGCAUGAUGAAAACCGAGAAUAACCAGCGCAACGGGACUCUGGCACCACUCUACGACUAUGCUGGCAAUGUGGGUGUCACCAAUCCCUCAUCUUAUGCCAAUCGCAACCUUGUGCAGCAAACAGAGAUUACAGCGGACGACGUUGUACGUGUUCUAGCAGGCGAGCUACUGCGUGGUAGGGUUGUCGGUCGGUCCGCUCCUCUCAGUGCGGAAGAGGGCCGGGGUUUGGCAUCAUCUGUUGUCUCAAGCCUCACAUCCACAUACGCGAAGAUACCAGGCGGUUCAGCGGCCCUCAUGUCCGCGUUACACCUGGGUCUCGGACACCAAUUCGGCUAUCCCGGAGUCACCGAAAGUGUGAUGACCAUCCACAUCGAGAUGAUGCCUUCGGCUUCCUCCACUGCACCAAACGUUGAUGGAACCCCUUCAAAUCACGUAUAUACGAUCACUCACGAGUACAAGCACGGGCUACGGUUCUCGACCAAAGUGACAUACGGAAACCUUAACAUUGGCAAAUCGGACAGUAACAAGUUUGAAAGCUCGUUCCGGGCAACGGACGAGCUGGACAACAGUGUUGCCGAACUAGACAGCAUCACCGAUGCUGAAUUCGACGUGGAAGGCGCGGAUGGAAACGUCUCCGAAGCCACGUGGAGGCAAAGGUACCUCAAGCUUCGUGCGCAGAUGCAGAAGAAGGAACGGUCUCUCUCUAAUUAUAAGCGCAAGAUCUUAGAGUCUGUAAUGGCAGACCUCUAA